AUCACCAUCCUAGCUUUCUGGAAGAAUGCAAUAAGAGUCUUCGGUCGAUAAAAAGUCAGAACAUAAGCUAAACUUAUAGGAAAACUCAUAAAAAGCUUACACUGCGCUCAACUCCAUUCAAAGGUGAGGAAAGAGAACAAUGGCUUUUGCCGAAAGUUGAGUAGAGCUCAAAAUUAUCAACGGAUUUACUGUACAUCAUCAUAUAAGUAUUGGAUUUCGGUUUCGAAAAACUGAAACUGCGCUCUAACCAACUGUGAACGGUACUUCGUUUCCCGUGUGCCGUCCAAUUAUUUACUUAGAAAUUACUAAGUUGGGAACCUAACACUUGAAGUUGGCCAGUUCACAAUUGACCUAUUACACUACAAACAAUAUAAUGGCGAUGGAUACAUCAAAUAAGUCUUUGACAUCACUACUGGAGAAGAUGGUGGCAGCUGAUACUGAUUACCGGUUUAUGGCUAUGAAUGAUCUUAUCAACGAAUUACAGGUGAACACCCUUCGCUUGGAUCUCCAAAGUGAAAAGAGAGUUGUUGGACUCAUUCUUCGUCUUUUGAGGGAUCCUAGUGGUGAAGUUCAAAGUCUUGCAGUAAAAUCACUAGGUCCUUUAGCGACUAAAGUAAAAGAACAGCAGAUUAUUACCAUUGUCAAAGAUCUUGUUGGAACUAUGGAAAAAGGAGGCGAAGGGCAGCUUCGCAGCAUUUGUAGUAUUGGUCUCAAAACCGUUGUCAAUGCUUUACCGAAUGCAACGGAUAUGGUAGUCGUUCAAUCAGCUGUUCGUGAAGCUAUCUCUCCUUUAUUACAUAUGGUUAUGUCACAUCAAGAUGAUAAUGUACGCGUUGAAGCUUGUGAAGUUUUAGCUGAAAUUAUUAAUCAUUUUGGAAAUCUUCUGACAAGUUAUCACUUGGACUUACUUGAUUGCAUGAUCACUUGCCUUGGCUGUCCACAAACAACUCUACGUAAACGUGCUAUUCAAGCAUUGGGUUAUCUGUCAUGGAUUAUACCACAAAAAUAUUUCAGUUCACUUGUUAGCUUCCUUCUUUUCCGUUUACAAAUGAGUCCUUUUUUAACAUCUAAACCAAUGGAGAAAUUUGACGAUCAUUUGUCAAAAUUGAUUACUGAGAAUACAUUGUUUCAACGACCACAUUUAUUGGAACAACUAAAACAAGUACCUUCUGUAGAUGUUAUGAAAACCUUACUUCAAUGCUUCAAUGUUGUUUCUCGUCAACUUCAACGUUCACCUCAUUGUAUUGCAUCAGUACUCCGACUACUUAUAUCGAUUGCAUACAGUUCAAAUACAAAUAAUCCAGAACAGGAUGAUAUUGUAGAGUUAGUUAUUCAAGUAUUGGAAACAAUAAUUCGACGUUGUCCUAGAGCGAUUUCCCCUUCUCUUCCUGAACUGAUUAAUUUACUAUGUGAACGCUUGCAAUACGAUCCAAAUUAUGAUUAUGGUCUUGUCGAAGAUGGAGAUGAUCAAAUGGGCGUCAAUAAUAAUGAUGUCGAUUUUGAUGAUGAUAAUGCUGAUGUUGAUGAUGAUGAUGACGAUGAAGAUGGUGAAUAUUCUGAUGAUGAAGAUGUAUCAUGGAAAGUUAGACGUGCUGCAGCGCGUGCUUUAGAGGCAAUUAUCUUAGUUUUCACUGAAAUGACUGCUAACUUCUAUAUAUCUAUUGCUCCUUUGUUGAUCAAACAAUUCAAUGAACGGGAAGAAUCUGUACGUUUAUCUAUAUUUUCCUGUCUCAGUGCAUUGUUACGUCAAACUCGACUGACAUCAACUAUUCAUUUGAAUAAUACAAUUACUAACGGAUCUGUUGCUGUCAAUCAACAAAGUAGUCCAAGAUCUUGUGAAAGUACAUUAUUUGUAUCUGAAUCUACUUUGGAGGAGUUAAAACUUCAGUUACAAGAUCCAAAUAGUGCUCAAUCACGUUUAUUAUCUUUGUUGCCAACAUUGUAUCGUGGCAUUGAAAAGCAAACAUCUCAAUCGAUAAGCAAUAAAAUCAAAUCUCAAAAUGCUAAUCGAGUUUUAUCGGUUUAUCGACAUACUGCGUUUAUGUUGAAUCGCGAUAUAGCUUUAGCUUUACCAGGUCAAUUAGGCGCUUAUUUAAAUAACAUAUUAAUGAUGAUAAAAAUUUCAUCUGAUGAUCCGAAUACAAAUCAUACUGCAAAAAUGGAAAUGAUUAAUGUUCUUGUCCUUUUGUUGAGUACACAUCCAGCUAGUUAUUUUGAAUCAAAACUUGAUCUUCUUGUUCAAUUAACAGUACAAUCGAUCAACAAUUCAUUUUAUCGUGUUGCUCUGGAAGGUCUGGAUUUGUUACAGAUUCUAUGUACAAAUUUGAAAAGCUUAGGCGGUGAAAAAUAUGCUCAGGUUUUAUUUACUCCACUUUUCAAUCAAUUAAAAGCUACUGAUCGUGAUCUUGAACUGAAGGAGAAAGCUAUUACAGUGACCGCAGUAUUUCUUUCGCAAAUUGGUUACAUGGUUGAAUCAAAUAUUAAUGAUUGUUUAGAUUUAAUAUAUCGACGUUUAACAAAUGAAUUAACUCGAUUGGCUGCAGUUCGUGCUAUACAAAUUAUCGCUUCAUCACCUUUACAAUUAGAUUUAUCAAAAUUUCUACCUGGUUCAUCUCAUGAAUUAGGAACAUUUUUAUCAAAAAAUGAUCGUAAUUUACGUAUGAUAACACUACGUUGUUUAUAUACAAUUUUAUUAAAAUAUCCAAAUAGUUUGGAUAAUAAUUGUAUUAUGAAUAUAUUAAAUUUAAUGCCAAAAUUAUUAAUUACUGAACAUGAUUUACAAACAACACAACUCGCUCUUCAUCUUACUUCCUUAUUCUUGGAAUCACCUAAUCCUUUAGCUAGUCAAGUUUUUCAAAUUGUUAUACAAGAACCAUUUCUUGAAUGUCUCAUCCAUUUAGCACAUUCUCCAUUAUUACGCGGUCAAGCUUUGGAUGGGAUGCUUCGUUUAAUGCGUGCUUUUGGUCAUCUUAAGAAAACAGAUGCAAAUGGCCGACAACAAUUGACGCUCUUCCUAUCGCGUUUACUUGCUCCCAUUGAAAAUAAUAAUAAUAAUACUUUGUUUGGUCACAACUCUGCUAUAAGCAGUAGUAAUAAUAUUAAUAAUACUACUUCACCUAAUCGAACUUCUGGUGUACAUCGAGAUGCUUUGCCUAGUUUAGCUCAAUGUAUAGCUGCUCUAUUAGCUGAACUACCAAUGACUUCACCAAAUUCACCGUCAUUAUCAUCACCUCAUUCUGACAGUUUUCUGAGUAGUGUAAACAAUGUGGUUGAUCAGUUGUUAAUAUCUGUCAAGGAUCCUUCUACAUCUCCAACACAAUUAUAUCUGAAUUUGCUUAUUUUGGGUGAAUUAGGUCGUAAAGUUGAUUUGAGUUCACGUACAGAUCUUCGUGAUCUAUUAAUUUCUUGCCUGUCAUCAACCAACAAUUCACCUUAUCAUUAUCAGCAACCAACACCUUCGAAUACUUCAACUGGUUUAUCUCAUUCCACAAUAUCAUCCAAUGGACUCAUGGUCAGUGAAGAAGUCAAACCAGCAGCAGCGUUAAGUUUAGGUCGAUUGGUCGUUGGUAAACCAGAAAUUCUUCUACCACCAUUAAUUGAAAGCAUUUCACAAGCUGUAAAACAACAUAUGCAACUGACAAACACCUCAGGAUCUCUUACUAGCAGCAACAGUGGUGGCAGUGGUAGUAAAAAUAACACAAGUCAACAUCAAUUAUAUUAUUUAAUUCAAGCUCUUAGAGAGGUUCUUGUUAAUCUUGCUGGUCUGGAUCCUAAUCAAUCUUUGAAACAUCAUCUAGAUUCAAUGUGGUCCCUUUUGUUAGCAUGUUCUGGUUUAUCGGAAGAAGGUACACGAAAUCUAGUCUCAGAAUGUCUUGGCCGAUUAACAUUGGUCGAUCCUCCGCAACUAGUUAGUCGUCUACGUCAACAGCUGAAUUCACCUGAGGCCUCAUCGUCAGUCUUAAUGCGUUCAACAUUAGUUACUGCAGUGAAAUUCAUUCUAAUCGUUACUGAUUUAGACGCAGGUACAAUGACAAAAUAUACCGGUCGUAUGCGUUACGAUCUACCAGAUGUAACAUAUUUUAUGGUUCCAUCUCAGGAAACUCCUAUAUCAUCAUCACCUUUGACUAAUGACAUUGAAUUAGCUCUACGAGCUGGUAAUCCUCCUGCAUUGAUAGAUUUUCUUGGUCGUCUUGCAGAUCCGGAAUUAUCAGUUCGACGUGCAGCUCUUGUUGCAUUGAAUACUGUUGCACAUCAUAGACCUGGUCUAGUACGUCCAUUACUCAAUAUACCUAUACAAUUGUCUGGUUCAUCACAAACAUCAACUCUAUUAGAUUUGUUAUGUGCAGAAACAGUUAUACGAAAAGAAUUGAUUCGUGAAGUAGAGAUGGGUCCAUUCAAGCAUCAUGAAGACGAUGGUUUAGAUUUAAGAAAGUGUGCAUUUGAAUGCAUGUCUACACUAUUAGAGACAUGUUUAGAUAAACUUGCAAUACCGAAUUUUUUGGAAUCAUUAAUUGACGGUCUACGUGAUCAUACUGAUAUCAAAUUAUUAUCAUAUCAAAUACUUCAACGUAUUUCAAUUAUAAAACCAAUGGAAAUAUCUGCCAAAAUGGAAAUUUUAGCUGUACCAUUAAAAGCGGUUCUUUUAUCAAAACCUAAAGAUGAUUGGGUUAAACAAGAAAUGGAAAAAAUGCAAGAAUUAAAUCGAAGUGCUCUUGGAUUGAUAGUCAGUUUAAGAAAUAUUGAUGAUAUUGAUAAAAAUCGUCAUUAUGUAGAAUUAUUACGUAUUAUCAAUGCAGAUAGUAAUUUGAAAAAUAUUUAUAUGCAAAUUUUAUCAACUGAAAAUUAUUCCACUAAGAAUAAUUUGUCAACAAUAUCCACAACACCAACAGCAACUAUGACAACAGGUGGAUUUGGGCGAAAUAAUUCUUCUUCAUGUUCUCUCACUGGUAGUGGUGACAUCGGUGGUGGAUAUAUUGGCAAUUUCUCAUCAACACGUUCAUGAUUUAUUCAAUGUCACUAUGUUAAAUUGGCAAUAUUUUGUUAGUCAUAAAUUCACCAACACACCCACCCAUAUAUAUAUAUACACACACACAAGGUCUUUUUUUCCGCUUGUUGUAAACACUUUGAAUCCAAGAAAAAAAAACUUACUAAAAAUUUUUUUUUGUGUCUUCUCACUUACAUCAUCUGAUGUAUAUCUUAAUUUGUCUAGUUUUUGUACCUCAUUCAUUCAUACAUUUGUCCUUAAUUAUUUCCUUUCAAAAUCAUCCAUCUCAAUGUCCAAAUGAAAUAUCUAUAUGUAACAGUGCCAAAUGAUUGUGUUUUAAUCAUUGAAUAACAACAAUAACCAUGGUUAAUAAAAAAAAGUGUAUUCAAUCCUUUAUGAUGUUUUGUUGUACAUGACAACUAAUUAAUGAUAAUAAUUCAAUGAAUGAUUUAAAUUGUUUGAUCCUCUAUACUCUUUAAGUAUCCAUAUCUCUCUCUGUGUCUAUUUAUUGAUAAUGAAUACAUGUAUAACAUUUAAUAAAUGACAAGCAUACAUUUCAAACUUGAUCCAUCCCUUAUUUGUUUAUUCAUGUUUGUUUUUUUUCCUAACGAUACAAUACAAUUGCUUGUCAGUUUAUUACUAAUCUAUAGAACAAACAUUCUUUUUCUUUCUAUCUGUCUAUUACACCUAUAUAUACCACUUAUGGUUAGGAAUCGAACCAAUACCAUAGUUAUAACAAUAGGAAAAGACUAAUGUUGUGUUAUUAUAUGGUGAUGAUAAAACGAAGAAAAAAAAAAGAAAGAUUGUUUCUACAUUUAUUUUAUGCGUUUUUUUUCCUUUGUUCUGCCUUGAAAGUGGUGUGUUGUUGUCUGUGUGUGUGUGUGUGUGAGUGUGAGUGUAUGGUAUAGCGCUUAAAGUAGUUUGUGCUUUUAUUAAUCAAUAUACAUUUUAUCUCGUUCAUACGAUCUGCAUCAUCAUCAUCAUAAAUGAAUGUUUGUUCUCUGUAUUUAUCCUUUAAAUUUUGUUUGUUUCCAUUAUGAAUGUACGAUUUUGCGAAUGUAGUUAAGUUACACCUAACAAAAUAUUACAAUAUCGAAUGCUGUUAGAGAUCGAGUGAUCAGUGAGGAUGAUAGUAGUGACUUUCUGGUUGUCCAUAGUUUGAAAAAAAAAAUUGUUUAUUAAGGUAUCUUUGAAAAGGGAGUUUUCUAUGGAGAUUUUAAGCAAUUUAUAUAUAUAGUUGAAAUCAUUAGUCAAUUG